UCUGGCCAAAAUGGCGGAUUGAGCGGCAGCAUUUAGGGGAGAACUUUCAGUCGAAAUAAUGGCUCUUCCGCCGGCCAACGAAGGUGAAAAAAGCUUAGCACUUUGCCGUUUAUCAGCACCAACUUCUCUACGAUUUGAGCCUGUUGGUCGAUGGUAUGAAGCAAAUAUUCGCCGCCGUCAGCAUGGCUUGUCCUCUCAUCAUAGCAGCUCCAGUGCUAGUUCAAGUGCUGGCUCUGAAGGAGGAUUUUCAUCUGAUGAAGAAGAUCAUAAUUUUCUUCUCACCUUAGAUCCUACAGACUGUAAGCACCAGGAUCAUUACAAGGUUCUUGGACUUGGCAAACUCAGACAUAGGGCCACUGCUUCAGACAUCAAGAAGGCAUUCAGGAAGAUGGUGCUCAAACAUCAUCCAGACAAGAAGACCAAAAAGGAAGAGCUCUUCAAGAAGACAUUUUCUGACGAGGAUCUGUUUGCAUGCAUCACUGCUGCGAAUGAUAUUUUAAGCAGCAAAGAGAAGCGGCGAGCCUAUGAUAGUGUGGAUCCAAUGUUUGAUGAUACCAUCCCUUCAGUGAAUGCCAACUCGCGGAGUAACUUUUUCGAAGUUUAUGGCCCAGUGUUUGAGAGAAAUUCAAGAUGGUCCAAAGUUCAACCUGUCCCACCUUUAGGAAAUGUAAAUUCAACAUUUGAAGAAGUCGAUAAUUUUUAUAGCUUUUGGUAUAGUUUUGAUUCUUGGAGAGAAUAUUCCUAUCUAGAUGAAGAAGAAAAAGAGAAAGGGGAGAAUCGUGAUGAGAGGCGGUGGAUUGAAAAACAAAACAAAGUAAUGAGACAAAAGAGGAAAAAAGAAGAAGUUGCUCGAAUAAGGACUCUAGUUGAUAACGCUUAUGCAUGUGAUUUUAGAAUAAAGAAAUUUAAAGAUGAAGAAAAAGAAAAUAAACUUGCCGAAAAGAAAGCGAAAGAACAGGCGGCCCGGGCGGCCGCUGAAGAGAAAGAACGACUAAGACUUGAAGUUCUUGAAAAUGAAAGGAAAUUGAAAGAAAAAGAAGAGCAAGAAGCAAGAGAAAAGGCGCAGGCAGCCAAAGUAGAAAAAACGAAAAUAAAGAAUAUAAUGAAGAAAGAAAGGAAGACGAUACGAACCACAAUAAAGAAUUACGAUUAUUUUGUUCAAGACGAAGAGUCAAGGAUACGUGAAAUGGAAGUUAUGGACAGACUACUUGAAGUUAUUUCGCUGGAAAGUUUACAGUCCUUUAGAGAAGGUAUUGAAAAAGCGCAGUCGAAGGAUGAAGUGAAGGAAAUUUACGAGAGAGAGAUGGAACAAAUGAGAGAAAAAAUGAGACAAGAAGCUAAUGCGGAAACAAAACAGAGCUCAAAGAACAAAGAAAACGACGAAAUGCCCAAUGACGAUUGGACAGAGGAUCAAACUCAGCUUCUUAUUAAAGCUGUUAAUCUGUUUCCAGCAGGAACCGCCUCAAGGUGGAAAGUAAUCGCUGAUUACGUCAACAUGCACGCCAAAACUGGAACUUUACGAGAUUCCAAACACGUGAUCAAAAAAGUAAAGAACUUGAAGAAGCUAGAUCCUACGCUGAAACAGGAAGUGAAUCGAAAUGCAUUCGCGAAAUUUGACAAAGAUCAUCAACCUGGCAAAGCUGCUGCAGCUUCAGAGCCUGAUCUGACAGUCAGAUACGAUGCAAGCCAAUCUGGUGAAUGUGCUCAGCAAAUGUCUGCGUGGACUUCGGAGGAACAAAGACUUUUGGAGAAUGCUCUGCGCACGUACCCCACGAGCACACCAGAAAGAUGGGAACGAAUAGCUGAAGCGGUCCCUGGACGAACCAAAAAGGAAUGCAUGAAAAGAUACAAGGACCUGGUUGAGAGGGUGAAAGCCAAGAAAGCAGCUCAAAGCAAAGGGAAUGCCGCGUAACACAAGCCCCAAAGAAUCAAGCUGAUUUGUUCUUAUUGUUUUUUAAUAAAAAGCUUAACUCCUUUUUGCUCAACAGUCAUACAAACGCCUUUGUAUGGAAACUGGUCUCUGUGUUCCAUUUAUAUCCUUUUGUAAAUAAAGCAAUUGAGUUUCUUA